AUGACUGAUCUUGGCUUGAUGACAUACUUCCUUGGUAUGGAAGUGAACCAGAACGAGCAAAGCAUCUUCAUAAGCCAGAAGGCUUUUGCAUCAAAGGUUUUGAGCAAGUUCUGCAUGACAAAUUGCAAACCUGCUAGCACUCCUGUAGCACUAGGAGAAAAACUCUCAAGCAAUGGUAAUGAAGAUCGAGUGGAUGAAAAGAAUUACAGAAGCCUAGUUGGUUGUCUGCUCUACUUGACUGCUACUAGGCUAGACAUCAUUCAUGCUGUUGGUCUUCUAUCGAGAUUCAUGCACUGCUACACUAUUGCUCAUUUUAAAGCAGCAAAAAGAGUUCUAAGGUAUGUCAAAGGGACUUUGACCUGUGGAAUGAAGUUUGAAAGAGCUGAAGAGCUGAAGGGCUGA